AUGUCCUGUGUACAAAGAGAACCACUGAAGAUCAUCCAUGCAGAUUGUAUUAUUCCACCUCUUUUCACAUUCGGACAGACCACAUUCCUGCAGCACAUAGACAGAUGGAUAUGCAGACACCUCACGGAUUAUGUGAAAAAUAACAAUUGCUCUAUACAAACAACUGAAUCUACAACCCUGAGUACAACAAACUCACAACUGCAACAACUGAAUCUAACUACUGCCUCUUCUACAGCAACAACACAAACAACUGAAUCUACAACCCUGAGUACAACAAACUCACCUACAACUGCAACAACAGAAUCUACAACCCUGAGUACAACAAACUCACCUACAACUGCAACAACAGAAUCUACAACCCUGGGAACAACAAACUCACCUACAACUGCAACAACAACAACUGAAUCUACAACAACUGAAUCUACAACCCUGAGUACAACAAACUCACCUACAACUGCAACAACAGAAUCUACAACCCUGAGUACAACAAACUCACCUACAACUGCAACAACAGAAUCUACAACCCUGAGUACAACAAACUCACCUACAACUGCAACAACUGAAUCUACAACCCUGGGAACAACAAACUCACCUACAACUGCAACAACAGAAUCACCUACAACCCUGAGUACAACAAACUCACCUACAACUGCAACAACAGAAUCUACAACCCUGAGUACAACAAACUCACCUACAACUGCAACAACUGAAUCUACAACCCUGAGCAACAACAACAACUCUACAACCCUGACAACUGCAACAACUGAAUCUACUACUACUGCCUCUUCAACAGCAACAACACAAACAACUGAGAAUCUACAACCCUGA